UUGGCGCGCUCUGGUGCAGCAUUCUUACCGCUCCCCGGUGCCUUCGCCGCUCGCGCACAACUGCUGGAAAUAUGGCGGGCAUGAGCGCUUCGGGUCCGGGUCCGGCUGCGGCCGCCGGCCCGGUUCAACAGGGAUUGAAGGAGGCACUCAUAGAGACGCUCACCGCUAUCUUGUCGCCUGUCCAAGAAGUGAGAGCUGCCGCGGAGGAGCAGGUCAAAGUGCUGGAAGUGACGGAGGAGUUUGGUGUCCACCUGGCAGCUGAGAGAAGCCCAGAGGGCUAUCCCCAGAUGAGGUCCCCAGUGAAAAUCCUGGCGUCUGUCAUCUUGAAGCAGUAUGUGGAGACCCACUGGUGCUCCCAGUCUGAGAAGUUCAGACCCCCGGAGACCACUGAUCGGGCGAAGGCAGCGAUCCGCGAGCUGUUGCCAGCCGGUCUGCGUGAGGCCAUCAGUAAGGUGCGGUCGAGCGUGGCCUACGCCGUGUCAGCCAUCGCCCACUGGGAUUGGCCGGAGGCGUGGCCGCAGCUCUUCACACUGCUCAUGGACAUGCUGAUGAGCGGAGAUGUCAACGCUGUGCACGGGGCUAUGAGGGUUCUUACUGAGUUCACUCGCGAGGUUACAGACACACAGAUGCCCCUAGUUGCCCCGGUGAUUCUACCUGAGAUGUACAAGAUCUUCACAAUGGCAGAGGUGUACGGCAUCCGCACUCGCUCCCGAGCCGUGGAGAUCUUCACCACCUGUGCCAACCUCAUCUGUGCCAUCGAGGAGGUGGAGAAGGGGGCAGCAAAGGCCCUGAUCUUCCCCGUGGUGCAGCAGUUCACAGAGGCGUUUGUUCAGGCUCUCCAGAUGCCCGACGGGCCCUCCUCAGACAGCGGCCUUAAGAUGGAGGUGCUCAAGGCGGUCACUGCUCUGGUGAAGAACUUCCCCAGGCCCAUGGUGUCGUCCAUGCAGCAGAUCCUGCCCAUCGUGUGGAACACACUCACGGAGAGCGCCUCCUUCUAUGUGAGAACCGAGGUGAACUACACGGAGGAGGUGGACGACCCAGUGGACUCAGACGGUGAGGUGCUGGGUUUUGAGAACCUGGUGUUCAGCAUCUUUGAGUUUGUGCACACCCUCCUGGAGAACAGCAAGUUCAAGAGCACCGUGAAGAAGGCUCUGCCCGAGCUCAUCUACUACAUCAUCCUCUACAUGCAAAUCACAGAGGACCAGAUUAAGGUGUGGACGGCCAACCCUCAGCAGUUUGUGGAGGACGAGGAUGACGACACUUUCUCCUACUCCGUCAGAAUAUCAGCACAAGACCUACUGCUGGCAGUGGCAGCGGAGUUCCAGAAUGAGAGUGCGGCCGCUCUUGCUGCUGCAGCAACCAGACACCUACAGGAGGCAGAACAGGCCAGGAGCAGCGGCAAUGAGCACUGGUGGAAGGUUCAUGAGGCAUGUAUGUUGGCCCUGGGCUCGGUGAAGACCAUCAUCACUGAGAAUGUGAAGAAUGGCCGUGUGCAGUUUGACAUGCACGGCUUCCUCGCCAACGUCAUCCUGGCCGACCUCAACCUGCCAGGUCGCAUCGCCUGCUUCUGCUGGGCCGGCCCUUCAAGGGCGGUGGUGGUCAGCUUCACCGGGCGCUACGUUCCUGAGCUCAUCCAGCAGUUCCUCCAAGCCACCGUCAGCGGCCUGCACGAGAGCCAGCCGCCCCAACGAAUCUCCACCAGACGCGCUUAUCUGGGGUACUGCGACCAGCUGAAGAUGUCGGAGAGCACCCACGUGCUGCAGCCGUUCCUGCCCAACGUGCUGGAUGGUCUGGUGCAGCUGGCCGCCCAGUUCAGCUCCGAGGUAAAAGCUCACCUCACAUGGAACGCCUGCACUGCCUCCUGCAAUCACGACCCCGCCUUCACCACCAGCGCCGAGAGCAAGAUCUGCCCCCUCACCAUCGCCAUCUUCCUCAAGUACAGCAACGACCCGGUGGUGGCGUCUCUGGCGCUGGACAUCUUUAAGGAGCUGUCCCAGAUCGAGGCGUGCCAGGACCCCAUGCAGAUGCGCCUCAUCCCCACGCUCAUCAGCAUCAUGCAGGCCCCGCCCGACAAGAUCCCUGCCGGACUCUGCGCGGUGAGAACUCUGCGAUGCAUCGACAUCCUGACAACGGUGGUGCGCCACACCAAGCCCCCUCUGUCCCAGAUGCUCAUCUGCCAGGCCUUCCCUGUUGUGGCGCAGUGCACCCUCCGCACCGACGACAACACUACCAUGCAGGUGAGACAGGGGGCGCCACUGGGCAUGCUGCAGAGCCCUCUGCAUUUCAACACCGACGCGCUGGCUGGUACCCAGCUGGAGGAUAGAUCCUCAAGAGACCAUCACACUCAGCAGAUGCAGCAGGCGGGGAACACAAGCGUCAUGCAGUCUUUGAUCAUGGUGUUUGCACACCUGGUCCACUCCCAGCUGGAGCCGCUGCUGGAGUUCCUGUGCAGUCUGCCGGGCCCCACGGGGAAACCUGCCCUGGAGUUCGUCAUGGCCGAGUGGAUGAGCCGACAGCACCUCUUCUACGGCCAGUACGAGGGCAAAGUCAGCACGGUGGCGCUGUGUAAGCUUUUGCAGCACGGCCUCAACACCAACGACAAGCGGUUGCACGACAUCAUCGUUAAGGGAGACGAGAUCUUCACCCCGGAGGAGGGCAUUCGCACACGAUCCAAGUCAGCAAAAAACCCUGAGCGUUGGACCAACAUCCCGCUGCUGGUGAAGGUCUUCAAGCUGAUCGUCAACGAGCUCUCGUCUGUGGUGGAGGCCAAUGCCACUCGCAACUCUGCUGCCGACUGGAGUCAAGAGUCAGGAGGGAUGUGGGAGGAUCAGGAAGAGGAAGAUGAGGAUGAGGAGGAAGAAGAAGGUCUGCAUGGACAGCUGCUCUCAGAUCUCAUCUCCUCCAAUAAAUAUGAUGAUGAUUACUAUGACGACGAUGAUGAGGACGACCCAGACGCCUUAAAGGACCCUAUUUAUCAGAUUGACCUUCAGGCGUACCUGACAGACUUCCUGACCCAGUUCUCCCAGCAGCCGUGUUACAGCAUGUUUUCAGGACAUCUGAACGAGGCCGAGAGGAGGGUCCUGCAAGGCAUCGGCCUGUGACACACACACCCCUCAGAACUCCUCUUGCUCUACUCAACACACACACACCCUCACAGAACUCGUACUCUGCUUUACACAACACACAUGCACACACACACACACACACACACACACACACACACACACACACACACACACACACACACACGCCAGCCCAUAGCUCAUAUACACACGGGACACAGACGUAAUGCAACCCUGAGGCUUCUGUUUCCGUCUCUAGGGGCAUCCUUCCAGCAGAGCAGUGUUUAGGGAAAUGGAGAUGAUUGACAGGCUCUCAGCCUCAUCCUCAUCCUCACUCUUCGUCAUGUUACGGACAGACCAGCACUUCCUGGAGGAUGUGGAGUGGGGGGGGGGGUCGGGGUCAUGACGGGGGUUGUAGGACUCUUGUGAUGAAUUCUAAAAGAGACUGGAGUUUCAGGAGGGGGGGGUUUCCUCCUCUCUCCUCUCGUGGAGAGGAAGUAAGGGCCCAGACGUCCUGUUUGCCCAUAAGAACACGGACUGAUCUACGCUGAGCACCACGGGUCCCAGUCCUCGCUGAUUCGGAACAUUGUGGAUCUUCUGCGGAAGAAGACAAGAGAGACAUUUGGUUGUCAAAUGAACUUAAAACUCACGGUUUUCAUGAAAUGUCGGCGGCCUUAUAUUGUUCAUGUGAAUUUCUCUGAUGAAAUGCUCUUAUUGGUCCUCGUCACCCCUGGGAGGGGCGGGCGGGUCUUGGGGAUGGACACUGUUGCCGUGGUGACGUGGAGCACGCCGGCUGUUGUUGUACCCACUGGAGUUUGAGAUGUAUUUUGAAAAUAAAGCGCCAGCCUGUCUCCUGGUCCAUCUCCACCUCUGUGCAAAAUGGCGUCUCAGCAGGUGCUCCUAGUGCUCCUAGUGCACGCCGUGGCGAACCCUUCGUGCUGUUUUAACAUUUUCACUCUAUGACCUGUAUUUCUUCAGCCUGUUCUGUCUAUAAUUAUACACAUCAUUUCUGAAA